AUGCCUUCCUCCUCCGAUUAUUUACACCCCCUACGUUCAGACGACGGGGACGAGUUCUCCGCGUCGGAUGACGACUUAGACCUCGAGGAGCUGGACCCCAGUGCAGCGCCACCCCAAACGGCUCGCAUCUCUCGAGAUUAUACGAACAAUUCGCGAAACUAUGGACCCGGUAUUGCUUUGAGAAACCUACGGGUAGGGGUGGGAAGUCGCUGGCGACGAAGUCCAUCCGGCCACGGGGAACCGGAAGACGACACUACUGGACUGUUGGAAGAACGAGAUGAGGAUGGAGUUCGCCAAUCACAUGGGAGUUCCCGACGAAUGACGGAUGACGAUGCACCAUUACUCGACCCGAGAGGUUCAACGCGCAUGUUCAACAACGAUGAGCCUUCAAAAAAGAGCCGCUUCCGCCUCCCCAGCAUAAGGGGCCCAAAAUUCCUGCAAAGUGUCUCGAAUCGACUACGGGGCGACAAUAACAAUGUCGCCAAUGUACCACCGAGAGAAAUUUUGGUUGGACAGCAUCAGUCUGCCAAAUACCCUCCCAAUGUCGUCUCCAACGCCAAGUACACACCAUGGAGCUUUCUCCCACGUACCUUGUAUAACGAAUUUUCCUUUUUCUUCAACAUAUACUUCCUUCUCGUUGCAUUAUCGCAAGUUAUACCCAUUCUGCGCAUCGGAUACAUGUCUUCAUACAUUGCGCCUUUGGCCUUUGUGGUUUCUAUUUCAUUAGGGAAGGAGGCCUUGGAUGACAUUGGACGACGUCGCCGGGACGCCGAAGCAAAUGCGGAAGAGUUCACGAUUGUCUCUUUGGACAGGAAUGCAUUGGAAAUGACAAAGAAAUCGCGCGAUUUGAAAGUUGGGGACGUUCUCAAAGUCCGCAAAAAUCAGCGUCUGCCUGCCGAUGUCGUGAUCCUCAAAAGCAUCUCAAACGAUUCGGGCUCAUCUCGCAAGAAUUCGGUGGAUGAAGAACCUGUGCCCGGCACAUCUACCAAUCUACUUGAUCCGGAGCAGGAGACUUUUGAAGCUUCUGCUGAUGUCCCGCCUAAUCCAACCGAAACUUCAUCUGCUGGCGACACAUUUAUUCGAACAGAUCAGUUGGAUGGUGAAACAGACUGGAAACUGCGCAUUCCCUCUGCGUUAUCCCAACCUUUAUCAUUCAGUGACUUCAAUAGGCUCAAGAUCACUGCAAGCCCACCAGAUCAGAGAGUCAACGAGUUUGUAGGCACAAUUGAAUUAGGUGCUCCCACAGGCUUUUAUGAUGCUCAUGUGGAUAAAUCAUCACAACCCCAACAGAAUGGCCUGCCGCCAAACGAUGAGAGCCGGGGCUUGAACUCAGCGCCGUUAACAAUCGAUAACACUGCCUGGGCUAACACGGUUCUCGCAUCUAACACCAUCACCUACGCCGCUAUCAUUUACACUGGCUCUCAAACACGCGCUGCCCUUUCAACUUCGCCUUCGCGUUCUAAGGUGGGCCUGCUUGAAUAUGAGAUUAAUAACCUCACCAAAAUCUUGUGUGUCUUGACUCUCACUCUAUCCAUCGUUCUGGUAGCAUUGGAAGGGUUCGAGCCGACAAACGACAAGGUGUGGUAUGUUGCGAUCAUGAUCUAUCUGAUUCUCUUCUCAACCAUUAUUCCCAUGAGUCUUCGAGUCAACCUGGAUAUGGCAAAAUCAGUAUACGGAAGAUUCAUCGAACGCGACAAGGAUAUUCCAGACACUGUCGUUCGCACCAGUACUAUCCCAGAGGACCUCGGGAGAAUUGAGUACUUGCUCUCCGAUAAGACCGGGACUUUGACCCAGAACGAAAUGGAAUUAAAAAAGAUACAUGUUGGUACUGUCUCUUACGCAAGUGAAGCAAUGGAUGAAGUCGGAUCUUUCAUUCGCCAAGCGUUUGCUGGAAGUGCCUUGACAACACCAUCGACCGCCUUUGGACCCCAGUCUGGCCAAGGAGUGGCGCCUCGUACAAGACGAGAAAUUGGUUCUCGAGUUCGAGAUCUUGUCUUGGGUCUUGCUCUCUGUCACAACGUCACCCCAACAACCGAAGAAGAGGACGGUCAAAAGUUCACAUCAUAUCAAGCCUCUUCGCCGGAUGAGAUCGCCAUUGUUCGGUACACCGAAGAAGUCGGUUUGAAGCUGUCUUACCGCGACCGACAAACCGUGGUUUUGGAAUCUACGGACUCUAAGCAAGUUGUCGUCAGAGUUCGUAUCCUAGACAUAUUUCCUUUCACGUCCGAUAGCAAACGCAUGGGUAUUAUUGUUCAGUUCGAGCAGGAUGAGCAUGGCCUUGAUACUGAAACCAAAUCAGAACCCGAAAUUUGGUUUUAUCAGAAGGGUGCAGAUACUGUUAUGUCCUCCAUUGUCGCGGCUAACGACUGGCUUGAUGAGGAGACGGCAAAUAUGGCACGAGAGGGUUUACGUACCCUUGUCAUUGGACGCAAGAGGCUUUCUCUUCAGCAAUACCAGGAGUUUUCUGCGAAGUUUAGACAGGCAUCUUUGUCCCUCCAAGGGCGCGAUGUUGGCAUGACUAAGGUCGUGGGUGAAUAUCUUGAACGCGACCUCGAACUCCUCGGUGUCACUGGUGUUGAAGAUCGUUUACAACGCGAUGUCAAAUCUUCCUUGGAAUUGAUGCGUAACGCUGGCAUAAAAAUUUGGAUGUUGACCGGCGAUAAGGUGGAAACUGCACGAUGUGUUGCUAUUUCUGCCAAGUUGGUGUCUCGAGGUCAAUAUAUCCACACUCUCUCCAAAGUGACCGAGAAAUCCGCGGCCCAAGAAGCGCUAGAUUUCCUCCGCAAUAAAACUGACUGUUGUCUGUUGAUUGAUGGUGAAUCGCUGACCUUGAUGCUCGAUCACUUCCGUACGGAUUUCAUUUCAGUCGCAGUCCUCUUACCUGCUGUCAUUGCUUGCCGAUGUUCCCCAACGCAAAAAGCCGAAGUCGCCAACUUGAUCCGUCACCACACUAAGAAACGCGUUUGCUGUAUUGGUGAUGGUGGAAAUGAUGUGUCCAUGAUUCAGGCUGCCGACGUCGGAAUUGGUAUUGUGGGUAAAGAGGGUCGCCAGGCCUCUCUGGCAGCUGAUUUCAGUAUCACCCAAUUCCAUCAUCUCACCAAGUUGCUCGUCUGGCAUGGUCGCAAUUCUUACAAACGGUCAGCCAAAUUAGCACAGUUCAUCAUGCAUCGCGGUCUGAUUAUCAGUGUGUGUCAAACCAUGUAUAGUAUCGCUGGUCAUUUCGAUCCAAAGGGUCUCUUCAUCAAUUGGUUGAUGAUUGGGUACGCCACUGUUUAUACCAAUGCACCGGUCUUCUCUCUCGUCUUCGAUCGUGACGUUGAUGAGCGACUCGCCAAUCUCUACCCAGAGCUUUACAAAGAGCUGAAAACCGGCAAAAGUCUGAGCUACCGAUCUUUCUUCACCUGGGUCCUUAUCUCCGUCUAUCAGGGAGCAGUCAUUCAGGGCUUGUCUCAGAUCUUGUUAGACACCGUCACCGGCCAACGUCUCAUCAGUGUUUCUUUUACAGCCCUAGUGCUCAACGAGCUAGGGAUGGUCGCUAUCUCCAUCACCACUUGGCACCCAAUCAUGAUUAUAUGUCUGCUCGGCACACUAGUCCUGUAUGCUGGCAGUGUCCCAUUCUUGGGUGACUACUUCAAUCUCAGUUACGUUAUCACCCUUGACUGGCUUUGGCGUGUCGCUGCUGUACUUGCAGUCUCAUUAUUACCGGUCUGGGCUGGAAAACUGAUCAGACAAUCAGUGAAACCACCUAGCUACCGCAAAGUACGUGGCUGA